GCGGUGAAGAAGUAAUCGAAGUAUGUCGCGUAUUAUGUCUCGUUUGGUCGCAAUGGCUUGGCUGCUGGUGGCUAUGGAUGCCAACUUGGAGGAGCGAGUGGCCACCUUAGAGGCAGAGAUCGGGAGCUUGAGCAACGAGCUGCAGGUGCUGCGUGCGCUGGUUCUAGGACAGCCUGAGUCUGAAGAAGACCGGGCUGAGUGCCGAGAAGGCCGCAACAUCACCAGCACUGGGGCAUAUUGCACAGUGCUGCUGGAAAGUCAGAAGUUUCCAUCCUGCAACCGUUUGUGGGCCAGGAGAAAUGAAACGUGGAGUUAUAUGGAGUCCACCUGGCAGACCAAUCUCCUAAGGACCUGGUCUUUCAUUGCUACCUUGCUAGGUCACCCUUGCAAAACAGAGCCCCAACAGCCGUAUCCCCGUUUGGAUGUAGCCCGAGCACACUGGCAAGUUCAAUCAACUCGAGGCGAGUUCCACUUAUAUACAAAGAUCUUACAAGUUACUUACAGUAUGUUGUGUAGUGUUCAUUUUGGAGGUUUAUACACUGUAGCCGUCAAUCAGCUUAGGUUCAAUGAAGAGCUGGCGGAGGGCAUUUGCAAAAUUGUCGACCCCACUGACACCAUAGUAGACCUUGGGGCACGCAUCGGGAUGUACACGAGAUACUUCCGUGAGAGGUCAUGCGUCAGACUAGCCUUGGCCUAUGACGGAGGAAUUGGUGUGCGGGAGAUGAGCUCAGGGUUGGUGCAGCAUUUGGAUCUGACUCAGUUGCACAACAUCGGGGUCUUCGACUGGGUCUUGUCGCUGGAAGUCGCUGAACAUAUUCCGCCGGAGUAUGAAUCUGUUUACAUCGAGAAUCUCCACCGGCAUAACCGAAAGGGGAUCAUCAUGAGCUGGGCCUUUCCUGGUCAAUCAGGAGUGGGACAUGUGAAUGAACAGCAUGCCCCACAGGUGCGGCUGAUGUUCAAGGAGCUUGGAUAUCUCUUUGAUCCACGGGCCACACGCCGCCUCCGGAGCACUUGCCAUUCCCACCUCUCAUACUUUAUGAACACCUUGCUGGUCUUCCGGAGGAACACCACAUUCCACUGACAAUGCGGCAGGGUGAAGUCGUGAAGUCUCGACUCAAAAAGGCAUCGUCACAUCCAGCGAUUGGAACUGCGAACCGGUGCAGGUGGGAGGGUUCCUGAAUCAAUGCCUCGAGUCCGAUGGGCGCAAUCAACGGAGGUGUUUUAGACGGAGGUGGAAGUUUGAGCUUACCAUCACUUCGACUUUCAACCCAUGACAGGGCAUGCCUGGAAGGCAUUCACUCUUAAUUAAUGACAGCAAGGAAGGAUCCGAGUUUAUUGUCAUUGGGUGUGUCAAUAAAAGUAAUCACGAAAGCUAGCACCAGCUAGCUGGAGUUGUCCUUGCUUUAGCAAGUGAGGGGCUGGAAUCCUCGGGAUCGCCGCAUCACGUGAAAACUUCAUAUGUAGGGGGGCCCCCCC